AUCCCUCUCCUUUGAACCGUGAGUGAGGGAAAACAUGGAGAGACAUUGUGUGUUCAUGACUACUUUCAUGCUGAUACUUCAUCUAAUUCACGCUCAAGAUUCAACCAGGUUCAUCAAUGUGGGUUGCGGUUUACCCCCUCAUGAGUCCCCUUACAACGCACUCCCAACCGGUUUAGCAUAUACAUCAGAUAUCGGUUUAGUUAACAGUGGUAAAACCGGAAGAAUCGCCAAGGAGUUUGAACCGAACUACACUAAACCGUUAAACACGUUAAGAUAUUUUCCAGAUGGAGUACGUAACUGCUACACUCUCAAUGUCACACGCGACACCAAGUACCUGAUCAAGGCCAAGUUCGUAUAUGGAAACUACGAUGGUCUUAAGACCGACCCAAACUUUGACCUUUACUUCGGUCCGAAUAUAUGGACAACUGUGUCUAAAAAUGAUACUAAAGAGGAGAUCAUCCAUGUGACGAAAUCUAAUUCUCUACAGGUAUGUCUUGUUAAGACAGGAACAAGUAUACCUUAUAUAAAUGUCUUGGAGCUACGACCAUUGCGGAGAACUGCGUACGUAACUCAAAGUGGCUCGUUGAAGUACUUAUUCAGGGUGUACUUUAGCAACUCCGGUCUUGGUGUACGGUAUCCAGAUGAUAUCUAUGACAGAGAAUGGUUCGCAUACUUCGACGAGAAGUCAUGGACACAAAUAACAACGAAACUAACGGUAAACAUUACCAAUAAUUAUGAGUUACCACAAUUGGUAGCAGCAACAAGUGCAACACCUCUAAACGAUACCGAGACAUUGAACAUUACAUGGACCGUAGAGCCUCCUACUGCAAAGUUUUACACCUACAUGCACUUUGCAGAGCUUCAGACUCUAAGGGCCAACGAUACAAGGGAAUUCAACACGACGAUGAAUGGACAAUAUUCAUAUGGACCUUAUACUCCUACACCAUUAAAAAUCGAAACAAUACUCGACGUAAAACCAGAGCAAUGCGACGAAGGGACAUGUCUUUUGCAGCUUGUGAGGACGUUAAAAUCAACUCUUCCACCUCUACUUAAUGCUAUUGAGGCUUUCACUGAGAUUAAUUUCCCGCAAAUGGAGACAAAUGGAGACGAUGUUUAUGGUAUCAAGAAUGUUCAAGAAAGUUUUGGACUGGAUAGAAUCAGUUGGCAAGGAGAUCCAUGUGUCCCCAAACAGUUUUUGUGGGAUGGUCUAAAUUGCGAUAACUCCGAUAAUUCUACUCCACCAAUAAUAACUUCCUUAGACUUAUCUUCAAGUGGACUAGUUGGGACUAUCACACAAGCAAUUCAAAACCUUACUCACCUGGAAAAAUUGGACUUGUCAAAUAAUAAUUUGACUGGAGAAAUACCUGAAUUUCUAGCUGACAUAAGAUCACUUUUGGUCAUAGACUUAAGUGGUAAUAAUAUCACUGGCUCAGUCCCUCCUUCAAUUCUUCAGAAGAAAGGAAUGAAGUUAAAUGUCGACAACAACCCUCAUCUUCUUUGCACAGGUGGUUCAUGUGUGAACAAUGGAGAUGAUAGACAUAAGAAAAAGAGUAUCAUUGUACCCGUGGUUGCAUCAGUUGCUGCACUAGGCGUUCUUAUUGGUGCAUUCAUCAUGUUCCUUGUUCUCAGAAAGAAAAAGGCCACAAAACCUGAAGAUGGAAGAUCAUCUCAACAGGCAAUACUGACAAAGAAUAGAAGAUUUACUUACUCAGAAGUUAUAACAAUGACAAAUAACUUCCAAAGAGUCCUCGGUAAAGGAGGGUUUGGAGUAGUUUAUCAUGGUGUUGUGAAUGGUAGAGAACAAGUAGCUGUUAAGAUUCUUUCCCAUUCAUCAUCUCAAGGAUACAAAGAAUUCAAAGCUGAGGUAGAACUUCUUCUUAGAGUUCACCACAAAAAUUUGGUUGGUCUUGUUGGAUACUGUGACGAAAAAGAUAAGUUGGCUCUCAUUUAUGAAUACAUGGCCAAUGGAGAUUUAAAAGAGCAUAUGUCAGGAACACGUAACCGGUUUCUUUUAAAUUGGGGAACUAGACUAAAAAUAGUCAUUGACUCUGCACAAGGACUUGAGUAUUUGCAUAAUGGAUGUACACCACCAAUGGUUCAUAGAGACGUCAAAACCACAAACAUAUUGUUGAAUGAACAUUUUGAGGCAAAACUUGCUGAUUUUGGGCUUUCGAGGUCAUUUCCAACAGAAGGUGGAACUCAUGUGUCAACGGUUGUUGCUGGAACUCCUGGCUAUCUAGAUCCUGAAUACUAUAGAACAAAUUGGUUGACAGAGAAGAGUGAUGUUUAUAGUUUCGGAAUAGUACUGUUGGAGAUAAUCACAAACCAACAUGUGAUCGACCAAAGCCGUGAAAAGCCACAUCUAGCAGAAUGGGUGGGGUUAAUGCUUAUAAAAGGAGACAUAAUAAGCAUUAUGGAUCCAAGUCUAAACGGAGAUUACGAUACUGGUUCAGUGUGGAAAGCUGUUGAGCUAGCAAUGUCUUGUCUGAAUCCUUCUUCAGCGAGAAGACCUACCAUGACUCAAGUUGUUAUUGGAUUAAAAGAGUGUCUUGCAUCUGAAAAUUCAAGAGGAGCGAGUAGGGACAUGGACUCAAAGAGUUCUAUAGAAGUGAGCUUGACCUUAGAUACUGACGUGAACCCAACGGCUCGGUAGAUUACAUGAAUUUAUCUAUUUGCUGUGUGACCUGUGUCUAUGUUAUGGAACUAUCUUCAGACUUGUAUGUUUCCACAGGCGCUCACAUUCUCUUAUUAUGAAAGUGUAAAUCAAUACUAAUACCCAUUCAACAAGAUUCCAGUUGCUGUAAUUUUUUAUUCCCAU